CCAAGCCGGACAAAUUUGGCGGCCGCGGAGAAAGGCUGAGACUCGAAUGCGCGCCUGCUUGAGCGGCGUGAGCUGGGCGAGCCCAGUCCUAGCUGCGAUCGCUGCGAUGGCCACGGCCCAGGAUAGCGUCGUCAACUGCGUCGUGCCAAGCGCAAACACACUCACCUCGUCCUGCUACGGCGCCUGCAACGAGACGUCGGCCAACUCGACGACGGCGUCGUGCCUCGUCUUCGGCGCCAAGGGCACUGCGGCAGGCUGCGCCAACCAAAAGCCCGGCCUGUGCCACGAUGGCGUCGGACCCAACAAGUGCAAAGUGCUCUGCCUCGUGCAGCCGGCCGAUGCGUGGACGUACCUCGUCGGCGUCGCGGACCCCAACAGCGCCAACGUUGCCGACAUUGAGCGCAUCGACAGUCUUGUGCUGCCACCGACCGUCACCUCUCUACGGCUCCUACCCCGCGACAAGGUCGACAACCCCUCGAAGACGAUCGACGUCUCGGCGACAAGCAUCAAGCGCGCGCCGGGUCUGCGCUCACUGUCGGUCGAGCAACUUCUCGUGCCCAACAUUAGCGCGCUCACGGUCUUCCCCAACAUCACCUCCUUACAGCUCAAGCAAGUCAAGCUGUCGCCGGAUGAGUUCAACAACAUCUUACACGUCGAGUUAAUCGAAACGCUGAACUUGGCCAACAACAACCUUGCGACGAUCCCUGGCAACGUCUUUGGCAUGAAGUCGCUCAAGCAGCUCGACCUCUCGAUGAACCCGCUCCAGAGUGUCUCGCUCAGCGGUAGCGACGAAGCUUUUCUGAGAAACCUCGCGACACUCACUGCCACCGGCUCGCCGUCAACACCGUGUCCGUCCAACACGGCCCCGAAGAACAUCCAAGGCUUGCAGUACUGCAUGAGCAGCUCUACGGUCGCACCCUCGGACCCGCUGCGCAUGAUCGAAUCGACGACGACAGCGCCAGCAGCAACACCAUCCCCCAGUGAGACGAGUCGCGGGUAUUUGUUUUACCUAUUUAUCGGCCUCGGGUGCCUCGCCGUGCUUGGUGUCGGCGUCUACUUGCUUCUCUUCCGGAGCAAGCGGGCAGCGUCCAAGGCCAAGAAGCACCAAGCCACGAGCCACCGCCAGACGUCAGUGCACGUCGACGACGACCUCCACGGCGCGCCGGACACGGCAACCUUCCAGCCGUGUGCGUCAGUGCGCCCGAGCAGUGCCCUCCUCACCGCGCGCUCGUCGCUCUCGGCCGCGGCGCUCUCGAUGCGGAGUCUCCACCACGAGAUUGCGGCGCGGGACGUCGACGUCUCGGCGCACGCAGUGGUCUUCAAGCACAACCGCUUCGACAUGCUCUUGGCCAAAGUCCGCGGGUCGCCCGUGUACCUCAACCGCGUCCUGCCGCUCACGCAGGACAAGGCGCUCUCGCUUCUCUCGAUGCUUUCGACGCUCCGGCAUCCGCGGCUCAUGAACGUCCUCGGCGUCGUGUGGCGGUCCGUCGACGUUGGCAUUCAAAUGGACGUGGCACUCGAGUUCCUUGACAGCGGGACGCUUGAAAGCGUCCUUCUCCAUGGACACCGCAGUCUCUCGUGGCACAGCGGGAAGCGCCAAAUGGCCCUCGAGGUUGCAUUGGCGCUGCUCCAAGUCCACGAACACGACUUUGUCUACAACGGCUUGACGGGCAAGACCGUGUUUGUCGACAGUGCGCAGGGCUGCAAGCUGCACACGCUCGCCCUCGUCGACGACGGCGCGAUCGACGACGACCAGUGUCGGACCGAAGACCGCAUCUUCCUCGCGCCCGAAGCGCUCACAGGGUGCGCGAUCUCGAGCGCCACCGACAUGUACGCGUUCGGCGUCCUCCUCAUGCUGUUGGACGCAGGCGUGACGCCGUGGCAGCUCAGCCGGCGGACGUGGCUCCAAACGGCGAGCGACCCAACCGCGGCCUUUCCCGAUGAAGUCGACAUUACGAGCUUGCUCGGGCUCUAUGCCUUCGACACGUGCCCUGCCAUCAUCAAGGCCGUCGCCAAGUCCUGCGUGCACCCCGACCCGAUGCAGCGCCCGAGCGCGUCGUUUGCGUACGCCAUGAUGCGAAAAGACCUCGUUGGGUAGCCCUACCAUUUCUACUAAUCUACUGUCGU